CCAUGCCUUUCACACUCCUGAACUUUCUCCACUACAGGCUUCUGCUUUUAUGUCCUUUUACAUAUUCUGUUCCUUUAAAAUGUUUUUUCUUCUACUGACUUCUCUAGCAGGCUUGUUUUUUGAUCAAGUGUCACAUCUGUCCAGGGACCCUGUUUUGCCUAGCUGUUAAGGGGAGACCCCACAAGUACCUGGGCAAGUUGUCCUGUAUCUUUUGGUGUAUGUGGAUCUCUGAUUCCUUUUGUCACUACCUGGGGUUUGGUGUCCUAAAUGAGCCCAGAUCCUCACAAAAGGCUUACUUGGCACAGACAACUGUGGUGAGUUUUGAGCUGCACGAUAACCUGGGGCUAAGGAUUUGCAGUGCCAGCUGCCCCUCACUUCAUCCCCUUGGCAUUUGCAGGUCUGUGCACAAUGAGCUGGAGAAGCGCAGGAGAGCCCAGCUGAAGCGGUGCUUAGAGCAACUGAGGCAGCAGAUGCCCCUGGGAGUUGACUGUACCCGAUACACUACCCUGAGUCUGCUGCGCCGGGCCAGGAUGCAUAUCCAGAAGCUGGAAGAGCAGGAGCAACAAGCCCAGCGGCUCAAGGAGAAGCUUCGAAGCAAACAGCAGAGCCUGCAGCAGCAGCUGGAACAGCUCCAGGGGCUGCCAGGAGCUAGAGAGCGGGAGCGGCUGAGAGCCGACAGCCUGGACUCUUCAGGCCUGUCCUCCGAGCGCUUUGACUCAGACCAAGAGGACUUGGAGGUGGAUGUGGAGAGCCUGGUGUUUGGGACUGAGACAGAGCUCCUACAGAGUUUCAGCGCUGGGCGAGAGCACAGCUACUCACACAGCACCAGUGCCUGGCUAUGAUGCCCGCUGUGGCCCGUAUCCACUCUGGACUGAGCCUGCCAGUCAGUGGCCACACACAAGUCAGCUUAGAGCCACAUGUUGAAGAGACUAUAAAGCCACCGUGUGGGCGCCGACUCAGGACUCUCUGCGGCACAGCUCGAGCCUGGACUACCCUCCCCAUCCCCCAGGGAAUGUUAUGUAGCACUUGGGUCUGCUUUGCUGCUCCCCACAGGGAUAGGAAGCCUGUGAACUUCUUGUUCCUGGGCAAAGCCCCCAGGCCUCUGCCCAUAUAUACUGCACAGUAUUUUCAUUAAAAUCCUCUUUUGUAAGCUCC